CGUCAUUCUCGACUCCUGCCUUCAUCUCGCGCUCUCCUUCAUCUAGGGCUGGAUUCUGUAACGCUUUCACCUAUCUUGCUGUCCAAUGGCCUCGACAUUAUCAUCAACACCGGGGCCGUCUUCCCAAACGCAGCCAGUGACCCCUCUGACAACGGAGUACCCCGAGCUCGCGCACCUCUCGCGCGAAGAUCUAGAGGACCUGCUCCGUGACCCCGCCUACUUCCAGGCCGUCUUCCACUCGCUUGGCCGCGUCCAAUCGCUCUACGAGAGCCAGGGCGAGCUGGGGCUCGCCAACGAAUCGAUAGCGCAGACCAACUUGAAUCUGCAGGAUUCACUGUACGCGCUCAGAGAGGACACCAAGGCCGCGUUCGACGAGGCCAAGACGCUCGAGGCGCGCUGGAAAGAGAUCGAUCGCGAGCAGAAGGAGCUGUACCAGCGCUUCAGCCCCCAAUUUCUUCUGCUCAGACUGCGGCACGCAGCGACGGCCCAGGACGACGCUUCAGAAGCAGCUGCAUCCGCCUUUGUCCAGGCAGCGCGCACCGAGGGCGGCAAGGACGUCGAUGAUUUUGUGCGGGAGUUCAAGGAGAUGCGGAAGCUGUACCACAAGCGCGCGAUGUGGGUAGAGCGAUGGACGGCAGGGGAUGUGGCGUGGCGAGAGGAUUGAAGGCGUGGAUGGUGUUUGUAGUAUAUUGAUGGGUACGCCGAGACGUGCUGCUUAUCUGUAUUUCUUGCUUGAUGGAAUUUUAGUGACUGUGGGCCAUUUGCCAGCUGAAUUCGAGGUUUGGACUAUCUCUAUCACGACGUUAUUAUCUCAUACGACAGUCAGCCUCUUGCAUUGAUGUAGUGACGGGAUGCGCGACCCGUGCGCUUUGGCGCUGUAAACAGUACAUGGAUGAAAUCUCGUUGAAAACGAUAUUCUGC